UUUUAGGCAAAAAAAAAAAAAGGAAAAAAAGACUUAAUUUUUUUCUUUCUUUCUUCCGCUCUCUACGCAUUUAGCACGCUGACGACGAAGUUGAACAAGCAGCAGAACCACCAGAAGAAGACGAAGCACGACGACUCUCUCUCUCUCUCUCUCUCUCUCUCUCUCUCUCUCGCAUCUAUAUCUUUUGAUACGUGAUUCAUCUGCCCUCUUCUCUUUCAAUCAAUCUCCUCUCUAGAAAUUAUAUAACCUGGUUAGGUGAGUUCGUCGUUUUCAUUUUACUUUCCGGAACGAUCUCCGAGAGCUGGAUUCAUUCUUUUGAUGGAUUCGAACUGCUUUUUAUAGACUUCUUCAAUAUAUAGACAAUUUUAAGAUUGAGCUUUUGACAUUCAUCAACGCUCGUCUACAUAUGGGGGAAACUGUUAAAGAGAGUGGAGAUGCAAGUUCAGAGCUGGUAAAAUCCAUUGGUGAUAAGCAUGCCAGUCUAGUCAGACCAGCUGCUAAAUAUUACUCUGCUCUUAAAGAUGCUAUGGUUUGUGGGAAAGGAAGAUAUACACUUGUAAAAGAUGUGGACGAGGUAGAAAGUGGAGCUUAUUAUGACAAACCUCUUCCUUGCUUUGGUUGUGGCAUCGGAUGGUUCUCCUUUCUCCUGGGGUUUUUGUUCCCUUUCUUGUGGUACUACGCGACAUUUCUCUAUUUCGGAAACUACUACCGCAAGGAUCCUAGAGAAAGAGCUGGCCUUGCUGCUUCCGCAAUCACUGCGAUGGGAUUCUCCCUCUUGCUACUGGUGAUUCUUGUUUUCAGGUGGUUCUAAUGGGUUAUUACUUAUACCGUCGUCAUCAUAUACCAUAAUCUUGAGAUAUAUAUAAUGAAAGUCCCAUACUGGCCAAAAGGAAUAGAGGAUGGACUUAGAUACUUGUCUGUACAUUCGUAUAUAAACCCUAUAAUACCUCAUCUUUUUACUCAAGCUCUGUAUCAUUUUCUUCUCGCAAUAUGCAAUUUUUCUUGGUACAAAGAAAAGAGAAAAAUAAAUAAAUAAAUAAAUAAGCAAAAUGGUUGUCUUUCUUGA